UUUAAAUAUUUAGUUGAAUACACUGAAUGCAUCUAGUUCACACUGUUCACGUUCUGCGUGUAUAGGCAUAGUGAUUUCCUGCGUGGGAUAUUUAAAUUCGGGCGUAGAAUGAAUGUAGUAUCCAUUAUAAUGUCUCUAUUUACUGAAUAGGUAAAUCAUUGAAAUAUCAAAAUUGAUGUAUUUAGUUAGUUAGUAUUUCAAAAGAGCGCCAUUUUAUUCCAUAAAUAUUUCCUGUGGUGCGGCCGAAGAAGAAAGAAAACGCCGCCUCCCAGCUCCAAACCUUCGACUUCAACUUUAUUGUCACUUAUUCAACUUCAUGUCGGCCACUUCAGCUGUUACCAUUAAAUCUAACUACUGCUAAUUCAAAACCACUCCAGUUCAAUUCCUAACCAUCCUAUCUCAAACAAUGCGCCCCCACCUCCCAUCUCAAAGCUAACUUGAACUGCGCAUGAGAGCUCCAUCCUCCGCAAAUCUCAUUCUUCCCUGUCGCCAUGACUAUAAUUUCUACCCGCGCCCUCGUCGCGCCUCGAGCGGCGGCUAACAUUUCCCAAAAAAAUGACCCAAAACCGCCUCCCAAGCUUUAUCCUAUCCAAGAGCCGCCGUUCAAGGGCUACAUGCCUCCGCAGCCGGAGGGCUACGAACAGAGCCGGGAGACAGCGAGCUCCAGCGCCAUCGUGAUUGACAACGGCUCCUACCUCGUCAAGGCAGGCUGGUCCUUUGACAAAUCCCCUCGGUUCAUCAUCCCGCCCGUCAUGGCCAAGUACCGCGAUCGCAAGGUUAACCGGACGUGUCACUUUGCGGGAUAUGAUGCCUACGUCGAUGCGACCACGCGCGGCCAGGUGCGGAAUGCUUUCGACCCGGGAACAAAUAUCGUUGGCAACUGGGACGUCAUGGAAGGCGUGCUGGAUUAUAUAUUCCUGAAGCUGGGGGUGGACGGGGCGAAUGGCGGUGUUGAUAGGCCAAUUGUCCUGACAGAGCCUAUUGCUAACCUGGGCUACACGAGGAGAAUGAUGAAUGAAAUUCUUUUUGAGUGCUACUCUGCCCCCUCAGUCGCCUACGGCAUUGACUCUCUCUUCUCAUACCGAUAUAACCGCGGAACGGACGGGCUGGUAAUCUCAUCCUCUCACUCCUCUACGCACGUCAUCCCCGUUGUUAACUCCAAGGCGCUCUUGUCGAAUUCCUCACGGUUGAAUUGGGGCGGCCAACAAGCAGCCGAGUUCAUGAUGAAGUUAUUAAAACUGAAAUACCCUACCUUCCCUGACCGCAUGACGGAGCAUCAAAUGACACAACUGGUCCAUGAACACUGCUAUGUUUCGACUGACUACGACCGCGAGGUAUCGGGAUAUCUUGAUUGGACAGGUUUGGAGGAGCGCGACCGUGUCAUCCAAUACCCGUUUACAGAACAUGUUGUCGUGGAGAAGACGGAAGAAGAGCUGGCGAGAAUUGCAGAAAGGAAAAAAGAAAGCGGCAGACGGCUACAGGAACAAGCUGCGAAGAUGCGGCUGGAAAAACUAAUGAAAAAGGAGCAAGAAUUGGAGUAUUACAAGGACCUACAGCAGGGACUAGCAUCCGAAUCAAAGAAAGAAGUCAAGCGCAUCCUCGAUGCGGAAGAUAUGAAGGACGAAGCACAUCUGGAGCGCACAAUACGCGAUCUCGAGAAGUCCAUUAAGAAAUCCCGCAAUAAGGAUCUGGGAAAUGAGGAAACAGAGGAACAGGAGGAAGCCACCUUCCCAUUAUUGGAUAUCCCCGACGAAGAGCUAGAUGAGGCCGGUUUAAAGGAGAAGCGCCACCAACGACUCAUGAAAUCGAACAUCGAAGCGCGACAACGUGCCAAGGCGGAGAAGGAGAUGGAGAAGGCCCGGGUGGCUGAGGAAGAGCGGCUGGAUAAUGAAAAGCGUGAAAAUAAUUUUGAAGAGUGGAUUGAGGAGCGGAGGCAAGCUCGCGAGGCCCUUCUCCAAAAACUGAAAGAGAGAGAGCGCCUAAAAGCCGACCUAGGCAACCGCAAAUCCCUUGCAAGCCAAAUGCGCAUGAAAACCCUCGCAAACCUCGCCUCCGACACACCCACCAAGAAACGUCGGCGAGGUGCAGACGACGACACCUUCGGUGCCAAUGACGACGACUGGCGCGUCUAUCGCACCGUCGCCACGGGCCCGGACGCAGCAGGCGCCGCCUCCGACGAUGACGACAACGACGAAAUGGACAUCCCCAACCAACUCCGCGCGAUCGAACAGCAGCUCCUGGAGCAUGACCCGCACUUCACGGAGAAUCACACCCUGGACGCCCAGUCGGAUUGGACCAAGAGUCUGAUCCACAUGUUCCUACGGGGUCCCUGGCCGUUUGAUCCGGAAAGCACGCGCGAGGCGCACCAGCUCCAUCUAAACGUGGAGCGCAUACGGGUGCCCGAAGUCCUGUUCCAGCCAUCGGCGAUUGCUGGGCUGGACCAAGCGGGUCUCGUGGAAAUUGCGGCGGAUAUUGUUAACCAGCAGCGGUUUUCGGCGGGGGAGGAGCGGGCAAAGUUGUUGAGGGAUGUGUUUAUUACGGGGGGUAAUUCGCUGUUUAAAGGGUUUGAGGAGAGGUUUGCGGCGGAGUUUCGGACGGUGUUACCGGUGGAGAUGGGGUCGGUGUUGAAUGUUAGGAAAGCGGGGGAUUCGAUGUUGGAUGCUUGGAGGGGUGCAGCGGAGUGGGCUGGUGGUAGCGAGUUCCAGAGUGCGGCGGUUAGUAGGCAGGAAUGGUUGGAGAAAGGGGGAGAUUAUAUUAAGGAACACAAUUUGGGAAAUGCAGGGUAUGCGUAGGUAUGUUAAUUCAUCUUGUGCAAAUGUGGUUUGAUAUCGGGAUGGGAUUUGGAGUAUGGGACGGGAUGGCAUGGGAUUUAAAAUUCGGGUGCUAACUAUAAGAAUGGGAUUUGACGACUUUUACCUUAGUUAACUAUCCUCUACUAUGUCCAUUUCUUGGAGGCUGAAUAGAUAAAUUAACGGCUGCCCGUGUUCCUUGCAUGAUAAGUCCUGCUCAUGAAAACCGGGACAUUCCAUUCUCACUCAAGUCACAAAAGAGACGACGAAAAGAGGUAAAAAAUCAAGUAGUGAAAAUUUGUAAAGUUUUGGUCAACUCCCCCGCGCGCCACGAUCAACAAGCUAUAUAUAGAGCGCUCUCCUUUCGCUACUAACUAGCAUCCCCUCGCAAAACUGAGUUCAUUUGGGUCUCUCUAGAUCGGAUCGAAAAGCAAGAAAUGCCUCCUACACCAAAAAUUAAGAAACAUAACAUAAUGCCCUCCAAACGCCGCAGCAGACGCCAAGCUCCCUCCCACGCACUCCAGAAGUCAUGGCUCUCAAGAGCUCGAGCCGGCGUUAGAGCCGGAGAGCAGAUCAAACGCGGGAUGCUCAGAUCCAAUAGAUAGAUACAUACGUGCACAAGUACUUACAACAGACAGGCUAGGCGAAAGGAAAUGGAACAAACACCUGCGCAACAGGAGAAGGAAACCAGCCAGAACAGGGAAACAGAAUUAUCGGGGUGAAGCGAUUACAUAUGGAGGGUAAGAAGGUAGGGGUGGAGAACGCUGAACAGGAACGGAUAUACCAGAUUCCACUGGGUGUUAGCAGGAAGGGGAUAGCCGGUAGUACCAAAAUAUAAGUAAAGGAGAAAAUGAACAAUGAAAACGAGCCGGGAUGGAUAUGUUGUGUGCCAGACAAGGAUGAGAUGGGACACGCGAUAGGAUAAAUUUGAUUGGACAAACCAGACGUGAGGAAAAGAAUAAGGAAAAACAAAUAUACCUCCAAACGCCAAAGAGGGAUUACAGGACAAGUAUUAGGCCAGGAGAUUUGAAACGGGAUGGGUAUGGGUAUGGGCAUGGGCAGGUGGGCAGGGUUGUGUUGGGGAUACCAUGCCACAUUUGUGAUAUACACAAAACGGGAGAAGGGGAAAAGAGAAAUGGAUCCCGCCUGAUCUCCAAAUUUACCGUGCUGCCACAGCGACCACAUCACAGUUACGGCCAUGGUCACGACGUGACAUCCCCCUUAACACCAUCCCCAAUGCCAACGCCCAUCCCCACAUCCGGCAACCCAUCAAACCGCAUCCUCUUUGACGGCGAAUCUGCCUCCGGAUUUACAUUCAUAUUCCCAUUAUUCACGUUCACAUUCGCGCCGCCGACAUUGGCAUUAUUGCCCGCAGUGUUAUCGUUGGUAUUAUUCCCUAAAAACGCGGCCUCCUCAUGCUGGUGUUUCCGCAUUCCAAGCCCAGCCACGGCAAUGCGGUUCAACGCGUUAACCUCCGCCUGGUCGCCCCCACCUGCCCCUGCACUGCCAGCAGUGGUGGUAGCAACGUUUCCAGCGGCACCGGCGGCGGAGGUAGUAGCGGCGUUAAUGGCAGGUGCGGGCGGAUCGCUCCGCGGCUGGGACAGGUCAAUGUUCCCCGGUAGCUCGGGGACUUCGUUUUGUGAAUCGAUGAGACGCGAUUGGAGGGAGAUGAUGUAUUCGCGCAACUGAUAGUUUUCGGCCUGGAUGGCCUUGUAGUUUUCGACGAGAAGGUCGUAGUCCUUUACUUGUUCUUCGAGUUUGCGGAUGUAGCCUUCCUUGCGCUGGCGGAAAGCUCUCUAUGGAUUGUUUACGUUACGUGUUAGAAGUCGCGUCGGCAAGUGGCGCAGAGGGGUAGGAUAGGGUAAGAUGAUGGGUGUGAAGUACAUACCUGGGCAGCCCGAUUUUGCGCGGCGCGUUUGGAGGUGGACAGUUCGCGUUUGCCAUAAGUUUUACGCCCGUCCGUAUGAUCUUCCAUGGGGAUGUCGGGCCCGGGUGCUUGACCCUGAGCCGUGGGCGGCGCAGCAGUCGGAGGGAUCAUGGCAGAGGGGCCAGCGAUGGCGGGGUCGAUGGUGAUGUUUGCGGCGUUGGCGUUACUUGUGUUUGUUUGGUCGCGCGGGGAGGCGGCCGAUGCGCCGGGGGUUGGACGGGGCGGAGGAGGAGCGUGGUGGGCGUGAGAAUGGGGGUGAGGGUGGGAUUGAUGGAGGUGUUGGGCUUGGGCAGCCAGGAGCUGGUCGUGGAGGACUGGUAUCAUAGCUGUUAGCUAUGGAGUACUUUUUUAUAUAGAUGAAAGACGGAAGCUCACCCUGAUCAGCAUGGUCCUGUGAGGGCAAUUUAAUUAAUAAAAUGUCCGGAAAACAAUUGCACCAGUGGACAGGGAAAGGAGAGGACUCAUACCUGGACUUGGUUCUUGAGGUCUUGCAUUUGGGGAUGGGGCGCUGGAGCUAGCGCGUGCUGCAGGGUCAUAAUCAAGUCGAGGAGAUCUCUCGAGAUACUUUUUGCUCUGGAGGAUCUUGGUGGGUGGCGAAUGGAGGAGGCAGAGGCGAUGAGUAAGGUGUUAUUUAAUCGGCGGGCGGAGGCGUAGUCAGCAACGGGGCUACGGGAGGAGGUUGUAGGCGGGCCCUGUCCCUGUGUAUGUCUGCGUGUGUUUGCAAAUAGCCCACCUGGAAGCACAAUAUCCUACUAUCGAUCGAUGAACAAGCCAAUAUGCGGAUAUCAACCUCGCUGUCGCUGUCAUCAAGGCCGAGUCGAGCCAGUUGUAUAGAAGAAGAAGAAUACGGAUCAGUCAGCAGCGGAUGAAUCAUUGGAUUAUUAAGAAGUCGCCAAAUCGGGAGCGGGAGGCUUACUCAGCAGCCGGCAGCUGACAAAUCAGAGCCUCCGGGCUCCGAAGCUCCGAACAUCUAUUUACACCGUAACGGACUAAUCUUGGUGGGAAAUUCUGUUAACUAAUAAUAUACUCCGUACUACAAGCAUCAAAUGCUCGCUUACGCUCGCUUUGCUGCUUGCGCAGCCCCCUCUACCACUUCCACUCUCUACCCCUACCCCCCUCUUACCCUACCACCCCUUACCACCCCUACCCCCUCUACCACCACCACCCACCGCCUCUACCGCCCCGCAGCUCCCUCUACCACUUCCACCCCCUAUCUCUAU